AUGAACGAACACAGCUCCAGGAGCCACAGCAUCUUCCUCAUCAACAUCAAACAGGAGAACGUGGAGACCGAGMAGAAACUCAGCGGGAAACUCUACCUGGUGGACCUGGCGGGCAGCGAGAAGGUCAGCAAAACCGGAGCCGAGGGGGCCGUUCUGGAUGAAGCCAAAAACAUCAACAAAUCCCUGUCAGCCCUGGGCAACGUCAUCUCAGCGCUGGCCGAGGGAACCAAAACCCACGUUCCCUACCGAGACAGCAAAAUGACCCGGAUCCUCCAGGAUUCCCUGGGGGGCAACUGCAGGACCACCAUCGUCAUCUGCUGCUCGCCCUCCGUGUUCAACGAGGCCGAGACCAAAUCCACGCUGAUGUUUGGGCAGCGGGCCAAGACCAUUAAGAACACGGUGUCGGUGAACCUGGAGCUGACGGCAGAGGAGUGGAAGAAGAAAUACGAGAAGGAAAAAGACAAAAAUAAAAACAAAAAUAAAAGUUUGAAAAACGUCAUCCAACACCUGGAGCUGGAGCUCAACCGGUGGAGGAACGGAGAAGCCGUGCCCGAGGAUGAGCAGAUCAGCGCCAAGGAGCAGAAGAACCUGGAGCCCUUCGACAACACCCCGAUCAUCGAUAACAUCGGCCCCGCCGUGGGCGCCAUCUCGGCCGAGGAGAAGCACAAAUACGAGCAGGAGAUCGCCAGUCUGUACCGCCAGCUCGACGACAAG